AUGGGAAGAGGCUUUAAAGAUUACAAAGUCAUCAUUUACGAGUUUCCAUCAAAACAACAUGAAACUUGCAUUGGCGCAAUUACUUCAGAAAUAGUUGCAAAAUGCAUUCCUGUUAAAGGAACAAAUGCCAGAAUAAUAAACCUAGGAGAAACUCGAACUCGUGCUGAUGAUUUCAGAAAAGAGGCAGAUGCUUCAUUUCGUUUAAAGAAACCACGAAUACAAGCACCAACCGGAAGUGAUGGAGAGGAUUAUAGUCGUGCACAAGAUGCGAUAGUUUUUAAAAUUGAUCCAAUUUCUGAGGAUGUAAAGACAGAAGAACAAGAGGAACAGAUCUUCCAUAUCGAACUCACAUAA